UCGCCAUCGCUUGGACGUCUAAUAAAAGUAAUUUAAGUAACCUAAAUAAUAACAAUAAAAAAAACAGAAAUAAUAGUGCAAAAAUAGUUAAAAAAUUUUUUCUUAAUUUUAGUAUUUUUUUUUAAGUCGUGGCAAAUAUAUUUAAAUUUUUUUAAUAUUUCGGAAAAUAUCUAGUGAAAAUCCAAAUUAAAUUAAAUAUAUUUAAUUUGAAUAUUAAAAAAAAAAUAGAUUUUGAUCGAAUAUGAAAAGAUCAAUAGCAAAUAAUUUUAUUAAUUUUCGGCUGCUCUUCUUUGGAAUAAUUAGUACAUUUCUUAUAACAACAACAAAUGCCAGUUAUCCAUAUUAUGGUACAAAAAUUGGUGCAUUAACACAACUACAUCAUGGUGUUUCUGGUGAUGUAUACGCAGUUGAUUCAAGAACAAUAUUUUUAAAAAAUUUUAAUUAUGAUGGAGAAGCACCAGCUGCAUAUUUUUAUGUUGGUAAUACUGAUAAACCAUCAAAUGAUGGAUGGCGUUUAAGAGAUGAAAAAGGCAGUACAGCACCAGUAACAAAACGUUAUCGUAAUAAAGAUAUAACAUUAUCGUUACCUGAAGGUAAAACAUUACGUGAUGUUAAAUGGUUCUCAUUUUGGUGUGACGAAUUUGCUGUAAAUUUCGGUGAUGUUAGAAUACCAGCAAAUUUAGAUUAUCCAAAACCACAAAAAAUUAGUGCAUUAAAGGGUGUACAUGCUGUUAGCUCAGAUAAUAUUGUUAUUGUUGAUGCUCAAACAUUAUUAAUACCAAAUUUUAGUUAUGAUGGUGAAGCUCCAGAUGCUAAAUUUUGGGUUGGACGUGGUACAAAACCAUCACCACAAGGAUUACGUAUUCCUGAUGAAAAUGGAAAAGAAACACCAUUACGUCAAUAUGACAAAAAAACAAUUGUAUUAACAUUACCCGGUGAUUUAACGGUAUUCGAUAUUGGACAUUUUGGUGUUUGGUGUGAAGCAUUUACCGUUGAUUUCGGACAUAUACGUAUACCAGAUGGUCUUAAUGUACCACCAUCAUUAAAAAUGCUUGGUAUUAGUCCACAGUCAAAGCUAAAUUGUGAGGUGCUUUAUGAUGAUUUGGCAUUCGAAGUGAGAUGGGCUGUUGCAGGGGAAAGUAUUGUUGUGCAACUGGUUGCAAAAUUAGACGAUAAUGAAUACAUGUCCUUUGGAAUAUCACCAAAUAAAGCUAAGACUGAAAUGAUUGGUGCUGAUGUUGUUGUUGCUUGGGUUGAUAAGGCUACUGGUAAAGGAUUUGCUCAGGAUUAUUUCUUAGAUGACAAAUCACAGUGUUCAGGGACACGUGGUAGUUGUCCAGACACACGACUAGAGGAAAAAACAAAUUCAAUUAGAUUGUUAAAUGCAGCUAUGGUAAAUGGAUAUUCUAUUGUAACUUAUCAAAGAUCAUUGAAAGCCUCAGACAAAUAUGACUUACCUAUACCAAUUAAUGGAAGUCACGCAAUUGUGUGGGCUAUUGGUCCACUUAAUCAAAGGAAUGAAGUUUCAUUCCAUUCACAAUACACUAAAAAAGAUCAAUUGGUUGAUUUUGGACGGCAACCAACUUGGAAUUGUCCACAACCUGAGCAGGAUCGGGAAACUAGAGAUGAAGACGAAGAUGAGGAAUAUUACGACUCGAGACCCUCAAAUGGGGCAAAUGGAAAUCGUAACCGAAAGCCUCAACUACAAGAAGCUAAUCAAAAAGAACAACCGCAAUCAGAACAAUUAAAUGGAAGACCUAGAAGGCCAGUACCGACUCCAAAGCCUGUUAGUAAAAAUGGAGCAUGGGCAAUUCCUCCAAUUCAAUGUGAUGAACCAGAUGAUGGAGUAUUUUAUGCACAAUUAGGUCCAACUGGUGGUAAACAUGGAUAUCCUGCAAUAACAGGACAUGUUGGUUGGGGAAUUUCAUGGUACAUUAAUGGACUUCUUAUUCCUGAAAUUCAUGUUAUGAGAGGAAAAACUUACAGAUUUGUUGUAGAAGGUGGUAACGACUCAGAUACUCCCGCUAAAUAUCAUCCGUUUUAUAUUACCGACGAUCCCGUUGGUGGCUAUGAAUACAAAACAGAAGAAGAGAAGAAUGAAGUUAAAAUCUUCGCGGGUGUACACAAAUCACGGUCUGGGAAAAUAAUUCCAACAGGUGUUGGUCGUUUGUGUAAUUGGACUCCCGAUCAAAAUCUACCACCUGCAGAUGAUUAUCAAUCAUUUGGUGCCUAUCAGCGUACGUUAACGUUAAUAUGUGAAGAUGGUGAACCUGGAAUAGUUACAUGGACUCCUGAUAGCAAUACACCAGACACUGUGUACUAUCACUGUUUUACACAUCGUUAUCUUGGUUGGAAGAUACAUGUUCAUGAUACCUGCGAAGAAACUCAGGCAUCCGAGGUGGAUGAGGUUUAUGCCGAACCAGACGGAGAUUUUUUAGCUGAAUCUUCGAUUCGACAUGAAACUCGUAUUCGGCCUAACGAUUUCUUAGACAAACAUGAAAAAGAUCUUAUUAAACAUCAUAACAUGGCAGGCAAACCACCAAAAGUACAUUUCGAUAUUGUAAAAUCAAAUGAUAUAACAAAACUGAUUACAGAUGGAAUCAAAGCAGCUGAAGCCCUAGAAGCAAGUUUAGCCAAAAGCCGCCUUCCCCUCUCCAAUUAUCCCAAUUUACAAACAUCCGCCCCAGAAGUUCUACGAGGAGAAAUGUCUUCCCUAGAAAAUACAUCCACUUUAAUAUUUACAAGCUCAAAAGCCGUUUCUAGUGAAAUAGAUUUGCCAAAAGAACAUAUAAUUAUACCAAAUUCGUCGCCAUCAAUAUAUCUAAAGCCGCCAGCAACUGCCCCUUUAUUUCGCCCUGUAAAAGUUGCGCCAUCGAAACGCCCAUACCCACCCAAAAUAAUUGAAAGAAGGCGCCCGCACAGACCUUCAGCAGCUGUUGUACCUCAAAGUUCAAUUAUAAUUAAUCAUUAUAGAAAACCAGUUCCAUCUAUUAUGAAACCAUUUGUUAAAGAUAAACCAUUUCCAAUUCAAGAAAUAGCGUCUGUUCUUUUGUUGGGGCAACCAACAGAGUUAACCCCACUUCAAACUGAACCACUAUUGAAAACAAAACCAAUAGUGUCGGGAAAUAUUCCAGUUCCAUAUAUUGAUUCUAUUCCACAAGAUUCUAUAAAAAAAUACUCUUUAAGAAAUGGUUAUGGAAUUCAAAAAUCAAAAAUACCAUUUGUUCGAAUGCCUUCGUUUCCAGAAAAGCCCGUUGCACAGCCAAUUGUUUAUAAAAAACCCUUUGAAAUAAAGGAAAUUAAAGAAUCGUCUGAAACAUUAACUCUACCCCCAGCGGUUAAUACUGGUUUUCAAGAAGAACGUGUCGUUGUAGAAGGUGGUUUUCGUCCAAUAGUUCGUCGGCGUACGGAUGAUGAAAUCGAUGAUAUAGAUCGCGUUAAUCGUCGUCAAGAUGAGGUGGAUGCCGAAAUAGAUGAAGCUAUGGAAACUGAUACCCUAUUUUUAACGAAGCCCCAUGAACAGGAAGAUUUAUCUUUUGAACCUAUGUUCAUUCCGUCACCACCUGAUAGCACAAAUUCAUCAAUAAUACGAAAAUCAGUUGAUCAUCAAAAAUUUCUGAUGCGUCCCAAAAUACCAGGCGAUGAACCUGAAGUUGCACAAGCUGAACGCUUAGAUAUUUAUUAUUUGCCACCUGAUCCAAAAAAAAAACCAAUUAUUAGUCCUGUAAUUAAAAAGGAUGGACCCGUAGUGGUCACGUACGAUGGUAAACCAGUAUUAGACGCUUCUUUAGUAAAUGGUGCUCCAUCUAAUAUUGAUGCUAACGAUGAUGACAAUAAAAAACCAAAUAAAGGAAUAUCAAAAACUGAAGAAUUAGUACGUAGUACACCACAGUUUUCUCCAUUCCGUGGUGAUAUACCCCCACCAGUACCAGACAUUAUACCAAGUGAUGCACCCCAAUUAAGUAAAAAAGGACAACAACCAUAUCGACCCAUUACAGAAUACUCAAAUCCUUUAUCUGUGGAAUUAAAUGAUACAAAACCAAUUUCAACGAAAUUAACAUUACUAAAGUCUAAUAGUUCAUAAAAAAGUUUUGAUAUUCUCUUAAGUUAAAAAUUCUGUUUAUUAUUAUUUUUCCUGUUUUAAUUAAUUAAUUAAAAAUAAGGGGUAGUUUUUAGUUGUAAAAUAAAAUGUUAAGCUAAUAAUAUUAAUUAAUAUAAAUAUAAACAAAAUAUAAUUUUAAUUACACGUAAUAUACUUAUAUAUUUUAUACAAAGAAAAAAAAACCUGUGGUAAAUUCAAAAAUUAAUAACUAAUUUUUAAAUCAAAAAACACUAUGAA